AUGUCCUCCAUAAAGAACUCGCUCCACAGGAGAAACCACAAAGAGCGGUCGCAGCUGUCGCACCGCUCACGACUCGGCAUCCUCGAGAAACACAAGGACUAUGUUCUCCGCGCUCGCGACUACCACUCAAAACGAGACAGGCUCAACCUCCUGCGCGAGAAGGCGGCGACCAGGAACAAGGAUGAGUUCUACUUCUCGAUGACGAGGGAGAAGACAGAGGGAGGCGUGCACGUAAAAGACAGAGGGAACGAAGCCCUCCCAACAGACAUCGUGAAAGUCCUGAAAACCCAGGACGAGAACUAUCUGCGGACGAUGCGAGCUGCGGGGCUCAAGAAAAUUGACAGGAUAAAGUCGCAGCUCAUGCAGCUCGCAAACCUGGUGCACUCCGCGGACGAAGACGGGAUCGCCCGUGAACGUGCGGCGACAAGUCGCCAGGCAUCGUCUUCCGCUUCUCCCCAAGACGGCAGUCUGGAGACAGUGUCGGAAAGAAUGGAUGUCGACAUGGGGUGGAAAACACCGGAGUCGUUUGCGCGGAAGAAAGGAAAGUCCCGCGCAUCUGCGGAGGAUGACUCGAUCACCUCUGUGGAUGCUAGCCAGACAGAGGAAACACCGAACCAUCGAGCCCGUUUGCUCAAGGAGCUUUCUGCUCGGCUCGUGAGAGACAGACAGCUGCGGUAUGCUGAGAGGGAGCUUGAGAUGCAGCGACAUCUUAUGAAUAGUGGGGCGGCUAGAAAGCUGAGUGGCUUAGAGCGUGCUGAUGAUGCAACGGAGACGACGACGAAGACAGGCCGAGACCCAAGACAGUAG